AGUUAAGGACUGGGUAGCCAUGAGGGUGUAAACAAACCUUUAUGAGCAUCAGAAAGACAUUUAUUUCUGUCACGUUAAAUAUUACUUUAAGGAGUUAGUCGUGUUUUUAGGAUGGAGAUAUUUGGGAGCGCGUUCGACGACUCUGUGUUUCUGCAGGCGAAGGACCGAGUCACCGUGCCUCUGUCCCAUUACAAUGCCAAACGCUGUGAACCAGAAUGGUUCUGUGAGAGUUCUGCUCUCAGUACAGAUGAUCCUUUGGAGAAGCAGAAGGUGUAUAAGUAUAGAGGAGACUUGGCUGUGAAACAGGGGAACUAUCAGAAAGCCUUGGAUGUAUACAGCAGCUGCCUGGAGCUGAACCCUGCCAACAACCUGACCAUCAGGAGAGAUGUGCUGGAGGGAAUGGCCCGAUGCUGCACUGAACUGGGACAGAAAGACCGGGCGCUGCACUUGACGGACCUGCUGAGCAAAGACGCUUCCAACACCUGUCACCUGAUCAGCCUCCUGCUGCUUAAGGUAAGGAUCUACCAGCAUUUCGGAGCCUUAGCAUCGAGGAUGUCCUCUCUGCAGCAGCUUUGCAGCGUGCUGCCCUUCAACCCCUGGCACUGGUACAACCUGGGACAGAUGUGUCUGGAGCUGCUGGACAGCAAAAGAGCCACAGGAUCUUGUUCUUUACAGAGUGGUGAAUCAGCGGAAGAACCGCAGGAUGAGGGAGACAUUAAGGAACAGGAGGAAGAGCAGGCAGAUCUGGAUGGGGACAGAAUCUGGCUGAAAGCUUGCACCUGUUUCAUCAGGACAAGACUCCUGCUGAGGAUCCUCCGGCAGCAGCAGUCCUCCUUUGUGUUGCAGCGCACUGAAAGCACCCUGCAGAAGACAGAUGAGCUGCUAGAAAGGCUAAACCCCAAAAAAACAACCCUCCAGGCUCUCACUGAGGUGGCGUCAGAGGACCUAAUCCCAGAAAAAAUGAGGGAGGACACCCAGGACGGGGAGAGUCUGUCCAGUGUGUCUGUGCAGAGCUUCAGGGAGCGCUGGUGGAAUAAGAUCUUACUCACUGGUGUGCUAGAAACAGACGGCCGCCAUCAGACACAGACGACCACAGAGAACUGAUGUCUGUUUGCUGACAGGAAGAGCCGGUCCCUGUGCAGAUCCAUCAGAGAGCAAAAGAUAUUGACUGGAGAAUCCAAGUGAUCAAUCCACAUAUUUGAUAUCCUAACAAGACCCCAUCACACAGUACAUUUUAAUGCUGACAAAAUACCCCCCUAAUAAAGAGAAAUAUUUAAACAGAUUGAAUCUAACUGGUACACUUUGACAGAAUUGUGUUGAUUUUAUUCAGGUACAGUACAGUAUUAAAUAAAGCAGAAAAGACUA